UCACCCUUCUUCCCUUUUUGGUGUGCUUUCAGAAACGUCUUCUAAUCUACUCGCCAAUGUAUCAUAUACUGAGCCUAAUGAAAUAUUUUUCUUCAAUUCAUCACCAAUUCACGCUACAUGCACAAACUCGCGCGCUUUCUCCUUCGAUUCGUCGCUGCCAUUCAUCUCUUCUACAAGGGUUUUCACCUUCGAUUCGUCGCCGCUCAUUUCUUCUUCACCGUCGCCGCUCAUCACCGCGCUUACCAAUGUCGAAGAAACUGUGUGCUCUCUCGCAACCCCUUCUCUGCUCUGCUGUGAAGCAUCGAGGUUUCCGAGGAGGCAAAGCAUCGAUCCCUAACAAGCGAGAUGUGAUGAGAAGAGAAGAGAAGAGAAGAGAAGAGAAGAGAAGAGAAAGUAGCGCCGGAGUAAUUCACAUUCACCGUUCGCCCACUCGUUCAAGCUUUGAAGCUAGCCAUCUAAUUAUGAUUAUCUUUUUCCCCUCCUGACGCAUCUCUUCGCUGGUGGUUCACCUCCUGCGUCCGCGUCUCUUCUGUUUCCGUCGCAGCUGGCUGUUCUGCUCGCGCAUUUGAGUCCCGCCGUUACCGUUGGUGGUUCGCCUCAUCUGUUCGCGCUUCGGCCUCUCCUCGCCUCUGGUCGCAGCUUUUCUCCUUUGCUCGCCGCUU